CAGAAUGGCAGAAUGGCAGAAAAACCCUGCUGCUGCUGCUGCAGACUCCUCUUCACCUCUGCUCGGAAAAUCCCUUCUCUGCACACUCUACUCUACAGAUUGUACUCUCCCAUUGUCUCCUCAAACCCUCUUUUCGCUUUCUUCUUCCGUUUCGCCUGAUGGUAUCUUGAUACUUCGUCUUCAGCUCCAAUCUUGCCACUUACCGGCGCCGUUCCUCGUGCCCAAAGCAGGACCGGUCUUCUAUUCUAUUUCCUCCCAUAGCUUCUAUUUACUAUGGAGAGUUCUGAUGACGAGAAGGAUGGAACUUACGGGAAAUAUGUUCCACGAGAACUGAGUCAUCAUAAUCUAGUAUCAAAUGGUGCAAAAUUUGUAGAUGAAGUACUCAAAGGCCAGAAUGAACUUUGCUUGGAAAAUUUCCGCAUGGACAAGCACAUAUUUUAUAAAUUGUGUGAUAUUUUGCAAGCCAAAGGCUUACUGCGUCACACAAACCGGAUUAAGAUUGAGGAGCAACUAGCCAUAUUCAUGUUUAUAAUUGGUCACAAUCUUAGGACACGAGCAGUUCAGGAGCUGUUCAGGUAUUCAGGAGAAACAAUAAGUCGCCAUUUUAACAAUGUAUUGAAUGCAAUUAUGGCAAUAUCAUUGGACUUCUUCCAGCCUCCAGGAUCCAACGUUCCAGCAGAAAUAUUAGAAGAUCCGAGAUUCUAUCCCUACUUUAAGGAUUGCGUGGGGGCAGUUGAUGGCAUACACAUUCCAGUGAUGGUUGGCGUUGACGAGCAAGGGCCUUUUCGAAAUAAAAAUGGUUUACUUUCUCAAAAUGUAUUAGCAGCAUGCUCAUUUGACCUCAUGUUCCAUUACGUUCUAGCAGGGUGGGAAGGAUCGGCAUCAGAUUUGCAAGUUCUGAACUCAGCACUUACGAGGCGAAACAAACUGCAUGUCCCUGAAGGUAAGUACUAUCUUGUGGACCAAAAGUAUAUGAACAUGCCUGGAUUCGUUGCCCCUUAUCAUGACGUCCCCUAUCAUUCAAAGGAUUUUCCUGGUGGUUAUCAUCCUCAAGAUGCCAAACAGCUGUUUAAUCUACGGCAUUCAUUGUUGCGAAAUGCUACCGACAGAACUUUUGGAGCUUUAAAGGCACGGUUCCCCAUAUUAUUAUCAGCUCCCCCUUACCCAUUACAGACACAAGUUAAGUUAGUCGUUGCAACUUGUGCAAUUCACAAUUACAUUCGGAGGGAGAAACCCGAUGAUUGGCUCUUUAGGCUGUACGAACAGGACCAUCUUCCUCAUAUGGAGGAUUCAUUGCCUCCAUUGGAGGCAGCACAGCUGGUGGGGACACACAUUGAGACUCCAACUGUGGACAUUGCUUUUGAGACAGAAGAACUAGAAAUUACUUCGCAGUUGCGGGAUGCUAUCGCAACUGAAUUGUGGAGUGACUAUAUUAAUGAUGUAUCACCCAUGUAAAUUAAAUGUAUGUGAUCAUAGCUUCGAAGUUAGGUUAGAUAAUCUUCAGGAACACAAAUGGGGUCUGAUUGGGAAGGUGUACAUUGGCAUUACUUUGUUCAUAUGAAAGGAAUAUAACAGUGGACAUUGUUUCUCA